AUGCAUAUUCUGGCCCCAACCCAGCCCCCCAAACAUUAUAUUUUCUUCUUCUUGACUUUGGGAAAAGUCUUGAACACUCAAGAGGUGUGCAGCUGAGUUCCUAUGCACCCAGAAAAAAAAUCUCACAUGGAACUAUAGCUCCAGUCAAGUGUAUAAAUUGCAGACAUUUGAGUACACAUCCAAGGAUCACAGUUUGAGAAACAGCUCUACAAACCCCCAAUCCCAGCAACAUGAAAGAUCUCCUAUGGAGACUCAUCAUUAUUGCAACAGCAGGGGUGUUCUGGAUCUUCUUUUUCAUUAAAGAAAUCCCCUUUGAUACUACAAGUUUCCUGUCUUUGGAGAGCUAGAGAAAUCCUAACUGCCUUCAUUCUUGGACCCAUAAACUAUACAAGAACUCCUUGUGCAGAAUUUUUUCAGAUGAUAAGAAAGAGACUGGAUUGACCCCUGAGCAACCUGCCCUGUAUCCUGGAGAUAUUUCAUUCUGUUAUGCAAAGGGGAGUCCACCCAGCCAUUAUUCCUAAAGGGCAUGAGUCACAGAGCUGAAACUUACCCUUUUCUCAGGAGGAAAAGGAGAUGGUAGCUUGGCAGAGAGCCUGGAUGCAGAUCAACUCAGGUAGAACAAACCACCUGAAAACCUUCAAACAUAUGCAGAAAAACUCAGGACCACUCAAAAACGCAAACUCCCAUAUCGUGAUUGGAGCCCCUCCUGUGGAAAAAAAACUACUGACCAUAGGGAUGUCCUCAGUGCCGCGUCCCCGAGGGAGCUACCUCUUGGACACUCUGCAGUCUCUCUUCUUUGCUUCCUCCUCAUCUGAGCAGAAACACUUCAUUGUUCUGGUACACCUGGCAGAUCCUGACCCCAAGUGGCUUGAUCAAAUGAGUGCCAACAUCUCAACCCUCUUUAAGCCAUAUAUCCACGCCAGACAGCUAGUAGUGAUCAAUACUCCUAUUAAAAGCUAUCUUUCCUUGAAGGACCUUAAGAAAAACCUCAAGGACACCCCAGCCUAUGUAGCUUUCCGCUCUAAGCAGAGCAUGGAUUAUGCCUUCCUCAUGAACUUUGCUACCAACCACUCUGACUAUUUCCUGAUGAUCGCAGAUGAUGUGAAAUGUGCCCCUGGAUUUGUCACCCAGAUAGCUACUACAGUGUCUGCCUGGGAAAACAAACACUGGGUGACUCUGGAAUUCUCUCAGCUGGGCUUCAUUGGAAAACUCUUCCAUACUAGAGACCUCCCUCGCUUUGUUCAUUUCCUUCUCCUCUUCCACCAAGAAAUGCCCUGUGACUGCCUCCUCUCGCAUUUUCAUGACCUCAUGCAACAAACGCCAAUCCAGUUCCUCCCUUCCCUCUUCCAGCACAUGGGUAAUUACUCCUCCUUUGAGGGCAAAUUCAAUAGUCUCAAAGAUAAAGAGUUUAAGGAAAAUGACGUUGGCUCUCCCAGCAACCCUGCUGCCUCCAUCUACACUAGCCUGAAGGUUGCUAAUGACUCUGUUCUCAUGAAUUCCUAUAGCUUGGAUGAGAAUUUCUUUUACGCCAAGUCAGCUGAGGCUGGCAGUCAUCUAACUGUGGUUUUGGAUAUAUCUGCCAAAGUGUUCCAAGUUCAAGUGCUGACUGGCUCUGACCUAAAAGACAAGAAUCAGCUGAAAGAGGGACAACUAGAACUGGGCUAUGAUUCUACUAACAGGGUCAAUGACUGUGAUGACUAUAUUCUGCUGGGGCUACUGGUAAAUGGCAUCCUGAAUAAGCAGGUAUUAUCAAACAAGUCUGGGAAGAAGGUGAAAUGUGUGAGAUUGCUUGUGACAGCCACUUCACCCUCUGGAAUAAUAGUCAGGCAUAUCAACCUCUGGACUGAGUGAAGUUUAAGUAAUAUAUGGAGAAGCCAUUGGGAGUUCUGAGAGGGGUCAAGUUGGAGGUUAGAA